AUGGUGGUAAAGAGGUCAACUCCAACAGAUGGUGGCGAUCCUUCUAGUACAAGAUCCUGUAUCAGAUAUUUGUUGUGUCAAGGUUGUUAUUCAAGCAUGGAUCGUGAGGCUCGCAUGCAACGUAUUGCGGAGCGUUACCGCGUUCCCGGUUGGACAACUCAAGAAGAGCGGGUGUGCUAUGAGCUUUUCUUCGACAUGUGUCGGGAAACGCCGAACACAAAUCAGUCGGUUACGCUCAACUCAUUGUGGCCCGACCUCUCCCGGCAAUUGUCCGAGCGCAUGCAAAAACAUUUCUCCAUCACAAAAGUGAUGGCAAAAAUCAACAUGCUCCGAACCCAUUUCCGUGAAUUCCUCCUCUACAUGACGAUCCCUGGUACUAAGGUUUGUCUGUACCGUGGAAUUGUUACGGAGACCGACUAUGACAACUAUUUCCGACGCAAAGGCUUCAAAUGGUAUUACGAAUGUGUAGAGCUUUGGGACAUGUGCGGUGCUGUCGAUGUGGAUAUGAACUGGGGGACGGGUGGAUCAACAGAUAAUCCAAUCAUGUAUGACGACAUUGAUGAGGAAAAUGAAAUGCAUGAUGAAGCAGCGGUCGAAGAUAUAAACGGCAAUGAAGCGGUGGCUGACUUGCAAGACAUGCUUGCAGAAGGUGAGGCCAUGGAGUUGGACACUGACGUGGAGUCAUUGAGUGACAAACUUCAGAAUGUAUAA